AACCAAAGACAGCUAACUCAUUAAACCGACACACUGGGACUCUCCAGCUCAUUACCAACUUUACACUAUGAGUGAACCUUUAUAGAAGGAAACAGCUGUAUUACGCUUCAUACAUUUAUACCGUGUUAGUGUUUCAUAAAGCGUCUUUAAAUCCCCAAAGGAUUAUGAAGGGAGAGCUGCUUUUACUUUGAAACAUUUCCGGAAGUGGAUUUUUUUUCUCAGCACCGUGCAGUGCGCGUGGUCAGGAAAGACUCGGGAGCUCUGCUGCUGUGAGGUGUGUCAGUGAACUCACGUUGUUAGAGCAGAGCGUGGUGGUUGCUGUGGCAGCAGCAGUAUCAACAGUACUCCCGAGGUCGCUGUCAUCAGGAGUAGGAGAAGCGUGUCUCACCUGGCUGCUGUUUGUUACAGGUCCUUCCCUGGCCACCCCCCUAACACACUCCAUCCUAUAACAAACACUGCUGCCACCAUUGUCAGUCACACCCUCCUGCCUCGACACUAGCACACACACUCACUCAAAGUUACCACUCCACCCACACACGCUAACAGGUGCUUUACACAAACACACACUUUUACCUGACACCAUGCUGAGCCAGGAUUUCCUGCAGAAGCUGCGGUUGCCAGACAUGGAAGAUGUCAGCCAGUACAUCGGCAGUGUCUCCACCCCAAUGUUAGUCAGCAUGGGGGCCGUGGCUGCUGCUACAACCUACUACCUGGCAACACGACCCAAGCCCCUCCCACCAGCCUGUGACCUCAGCAUGCAGUCAGUUGAUGUUCCGGGUGAAGAGUUUGCACGCCGAUCUGUCAUGAUGAACGGAGAAGGUCUCUUGACACAUUACUACGAUGAUGCCAAAACCAUGUACGAGUUCUUACUCAGAGGGUCCCGUGUCUCCAAUAACGGCCCCUGUCUGGGCUCCAGGAAACCAAACCAGCCUUAUGAAUGGAUUUCCUACAGAGAGGUAAUAGAGCGAGCAGAGAACCUUGGUUCAGCAUUUCUCCACAAAGGACAUUCCAAGACCACCGACCCCUACAUCGGCAUCUUCUCUCAGAACAGACCUGAGUGGACCAUCAGUGAGCUGGCCUGUUACACCUACUCUCUGGUGUCAGUCCCUCUUUAUGACACCCUAGGAACAGAAGCCAUCACCUACAUCAUAGACAAAGCCACCAUCACCACUGUUGUGUGCGACGUGGUGGAGAAGGUCAACCUGGUGCUCGACUGCAUGAAGGACAGGGAGCACUCUGUGAAAACCAUUGUUCUGAUGGAGACCCCCAGCGCAGACCUCGUCAGCAGGGGGGAGCAGGCUGGGAUCCUCAUCAUCGGCAUGCGGGAGAUGGAGGCUUUCGGGAAGGACAACCAUUGCACCCCUGCGCCUCCUCGACCAGAGGACAUGGCUGUCAUCUGUUUCACCAGUGGAACGACAGGAAACCCAAAGGGAGCCAUGCUGACUCACAGGAACAUCGUGUCUAACUGCUCAGCCUUCAUUAAAGUUUCAGAGUCUCAUGCUCAGACCAGCACAGACGAUGUCAUGAUGUCCUUUCUGCCUCUGGCCCACAUGUUUGAGAGAGUGGUGGAGGUUCGCUGCCCCAUGUCGCACAGAGAUGUCCAUAUUUCCUUCCUUCCUUUGGCUCAUAUGUUUGAGAGAGUUGUACAGGGAGUUAUGAUAGUGCACGGAGCCAGGAUUGGCUUUUUCCAGGGAGACAUCCGUCUGCUGUCAGAUGACUUGGGCACCCUGAAACCUACGGUGUUCCCCGUGGUUCCUCGACUCCUCAACAGGAUGUAUGAUAAGAUCUUUGGGCAGGCCAACACCACCCUGAAGCGCUGGCUGCUGGGUUUUGCUUACAGGAGGAAGGAGGCAGAGAUGAUGAGAGGUAUCGUAAGGAAAGACAGCAUCUGGGAUCGACUCAUCUUCCGGAAAGUCCAGGCCAGCCUGGGAGGUCGUGUCCGUCUCAUGUUAACAGGAGCUGCUCCCAUCUCUCCGGCUGUCCUCACCUUCCUCAGAGCUGCGGUUGGUUGUCAGUUCUAUGAAGGCUACGGACAGACUGAGUGUACCGCUGGAUGCACCAUCACCCUGCCUGGGGACUGGACUGCAGGUCACGUUGGAGCUCCUCUGCCCUGUAAUCUACUCAAACUGGUGGACGUGGCUGAGAUGAACUACCUAGCUGCAAACGGGGAAGGAGAGGUGUGUGUGAAGGGUCCUAACGUGUUCCAGGGCUACCUGAAGGACCCAGAGAAGACUGCAGAGACGGUUGAUGCAGACGGAUGGCUUCACACUGGGGACAUUGGAAAAUGGCUUCCUAACGGCACACUGAAGAUCGUGGACAGGAAGAAGCACAUCUUUAAGCUGGCGCAGGGGGAGUACAUUGCUCCUGAGAAGAUCGAGAACAUCUACUCGAGGAGCGACGCGGUUGCACAGGUCUUUGUUCAUGGAGACAGCCUGCAGGCUUGCCUGGUAGCAGUGGUGGUUCCUGACCCAGACUUCUUCUCUGGCUGGACCAAGAGGACUCUGGGACUUGAGGGCAGCUACCAGGAACUGUGUGACAGAGAGGAGGUCAAAGCAGCCGUCUUGAAGGACAUGAUGCGACUGGGCAAGGAAGGAGGCCUGAAGUCCUUUGAGCAGGUGAAGGCCAUCUGCAUCCACAGCGAGCUGUUCUCUAUAGAGAACGGCCUGCUGACCCCGACCCUGAAGGCCAAGAGGAACGAACUGCGAUCAUACUUCAGGUCCCAGAUAGAUGAGUUGUACGCAGGGAUCAAAAUGUAGAAGGAGAGGAGUGCAAGCACAGAAGAAUGUACACAAGAUAUCUACCAAAGGUGCAGAAUGAAGGGAAAGAGACAAAAAAGAAGAGGUCCAAAAAGAUCAGAGGCCUGUUUUUAAGGGUUAGAUUCAUUUAGAGCAUUUAGAACAAAACAGAAGACCUGUCAGAUCUGUGACAAAGAAAACAUCUGAGGGUCCAUGCUUGAUUUUAUGCCUCACAAAUGUUUCUAUGAUGAAUUAGUUUUUCCUUUUCUAUGUACAGAAACAUAUGUUUCAUAAAGUGUUGAUUCUAAUCGAUUGAGUUAUGAACUCGUUUUAAAGGGAAUAUCAAAGUGCAGCUUUGUAGCAUCAUUUCUCUCAGGACCUUUAUGUCAGGAAGCAUUCAUAGUACCUCCUACACACACACACACACACACACACACACACACACACACACACGAACACACACACACGCCUUCAAGGCAAUAAGGGAAAAGCUGACCACCAAUAUGAGUCAACUGAGGGAUCAAUGUGGAGAAGAAGCCAUAUUAAUGAACUGACCCAAACUUUGACAUUUCUGUCUUUGAUGAGAUUUUUCACUCGUGUCAUGAUGUGUUUUUCUCUGUGUUGUUGAAUCGUUUCAUUGGAGAGUAGGAAAUCAACAAUGCAUUGCUGUGGCUGAAUCCUUUGUGUGAAUAAGGUUUGAUUCAUUGAGGACGCUGGAAACCAGCAAAGUCAAUGUUGUAAUUUAUUUAUGAAAAUAACAUUGAAGGGAGAGAUUUAUUGAAGGAAUCUGUGAUGUUUUUUAUAAUAUAGAAGGGUAAAAAAAACAAAGCUUGAAGGAUAUCCUUUUGAAUGUUUAUGGCUCAGGACGUUUAAAGAAUGUCAAUAUUGUGAAAUAAUUAUAACGAGAACUUGAAGGAAAAGACUUGUUGAAGGAAUCAGUUAUCAGAAUGUUAUAAUGAAGGGGGAAAAAUACAACUUGAAGUUCAUCCUCUUUAGUGUUGAAAGGUAGGACUGUGAUUUUAACAGUGGUGUUGUGAUAUUUGUUUUUGUCAUCUCAGAUUUUUAUUGUAAAGAUUAUAAUUAAAAAAUAUCAAAAUAA